AUGGCCACCAAGCGCAAGCAGGGCCAGACGCUCAGCCUCAAAGGCUCGACCAAGAUCGUCACCGAGUUCUUCGAGUACUCGGUCAACUCCAUCCUGUACCAGCGUGGCGUCUACCCGCCCGAGGACUUCAAGCAGGUCAAGAAGUACGGCCUCACGCUCUUCACGAGCGCCGACGAGGCCCUCGAGCGCUACAUCCAGAACCUCAUGAAGCAGGUCCAGAACUGGAUCCUGGCCGGCAAGCUCGACUCGCUGGCCCUCAUCAUCAUGAACCGCGAUACCCGCGAGGUCGUCGAACGGUGGCAGUUUGACGUACACGUCGAGGAGCCGCCAGCCGAGGGAGCGGGAGAAGGAGCGCCGGCGGGCAAGGAGAAUGACGGCGCGCCCGCCGCAGCAGGGCCCAAGGCCAAGACGGAGAAGACGCCCGAACAAGUGCAAAAGGACAUCCAGGACAUCAUGCGCCAGAUCACGUCGAGCGUCACCUUCCUCCCCUCGCUCGAAGAGCAAUACGUCUUUACAAUCCUCACGUACGCCAAGAAGGACACCGAGGUGCCUAUAGAGUGGAUCGACAGCGACCCGCACAUGAUCAUCGGCAACGCAGAGCAGGUCCGCCUCCGCUCCUUCUCGACCAACCGCCACAAGGUCCAAGGCCUCGUCGCGUAUCGUCUCGGGCAGGACGUUCUCUGAACGCUUCCUCUUUCGUCCUCUUCGUCUUUCGGUCCGGCGCGUCGCGUCGGCGGUACCUUGUCUUGUCCGCCCAUAUUGCAACGUGAGUGUUUGUGGAC